UCCAGUCAAGAUGCCAAAGAAAGGAGGAAAAGGUGGUAAAAAAGGUAGAAGAGGUAAAGGUGACGGUUUCGGUCAGAAGAGAGAGCUGAUCUACAAAGAGGAAGGUCAAGAGUAUGCUCAAAUCACCAAGAUGCUCGGUAACGGUCGUGUCGAGGCCAGUUGUUACGAUGGUAUCAAACGUAUGGCCCACAUUAGAGGUAAGCUCAGAAAGAAAGUGUGGAUGGCUCAAGGUGAUAUCAUCUUGGUGUCUCUUAGAGAUUUCCAAGAUGAGCAAUGUGACGUUGUCCACAAGUACAACGUUGACGAGGCCCGUGCUUUGAAAGCCCAAGGUGAAUUGCCAAUGGAUGCCAAGAUCAACGAAACUGAUAUGUUUGCCGAAGAAGAUGGUGAUGUCAACUUUGAGUUUGGUGAUGCCGACGAGGAUGACGAAGAGGAAGAGGAGGAACUUGACAUUGACGAUAUC